AUGGGUCCUAGCCACACCACAGAGGGAGCAGGCCACAUCCUGCUCAUCACCUGUAUGACCACCAGGGCAAUAUACCUGGAGUUUUGUGGCAAUCUGGAAGCUGUAACCUUCAUCUUGGCUCUGCAACGAUUCAGCGCGACCCAUGGCACUCCUUCACUCAGCGUCUCGGACAACCACCAGACGUUCAGAUCAGCCAACCACUUCCUGCAGGGAUUGUAUGAAGAGGACAACGUCCAGGAGUUCCUGCAGACUGGCAUUCAGUGGCAUUUCCAGAUGCCCCAAGCACCAUGGAAGGGAGGCUUCUUCGAGAGGCUGAUAAGAAUAGCGAAACGCAUGCUCGAGGUAGCCUUCCAGAAGAAGUCAUUUCCGGAGGAGCACGUCCGGACGUUAGUGAAGGAGGCCAAAGGUGUGGUCAAUAAUCGACCACUCAUGUACACUGGGGAUGGGCACGACUCUCGGCCCAGGAAAAGGACUGAUCUUCGCCCGGGAGACAUCGUGCUUGUUAAAAUCGAACAGUGUAAGAGGGCUGUGUGGCCCCUUGGUAAGAUUAUGGAGGUCUAUCCCGAUGACGAUGGGGUCAUUCGAUCUGCCAAGGUGCUGUACAAUGGCACAGAAACCCUGCGAGCCAUCAGCCACCUCGUUCCCCUGGAAAUUACGUUCACCGAAGAUGAUGACCAAGAAGAAGACAACGAUGAGGAUGCAACCUGGGAUGAGGCGGAAGCAGUCGAGGACAGCGAGGAUGGGAUGGACUGUAUCGAUAACGUGAGCUUUACCGACCAUUGA